GCUUCCGGUGCGAGCGGCGCGCGAGCGCAGCAUUGGGAGGCGGCGACCAGCCGGUUGAGGCCCCAGGCUUGGCCUCACAAUGUGGCACGAAGCUCGGAAACAUGAGCGGAAGCUUCGAGGCAUGAUGGUUGACUAUAAGAAGAGGGCAGAGCGGCGGCGGGAGUACUAUGAAAAGAUCAAGAAGGACCCAGCCCAGUUCCUGCAGGUACAUGGCCGAGCUUGCAAGGUGCACUUGGAUUCUGCUGUUGCUCUGGCUGCUGAGAGCCCUGUUAACAUGAUGCCUUGGCAGGGGGACACCAGCAACAUGAUCGACCGCUUCGACGUGCGUGCCCACCUGGACCACAUCCCCGACUACACGCCCCCGUUGCUCACAGCCAUCUCCCCGGAGCAGGAGUCAGAUGAGCGGAAAUGCAACUACGAGCGCUACCGAGGCUUGGUGCAGAACGACUUUGCCGGCAUCUCGGAGGAGCAGUGCCUGUACCAGAUCUAUAUUGAUGAGCUGUAUGGAGGCCUCCAGAGACCCAGUGAGGAUGAAAAGAAGAAGCUGGCUGAGAAGAAGGCUUCCAUCGGUUACACCUAUGAGGACAGCACAGUGGCUGAGGUAGAGAAGGUGACAGAGAAGCCAGAGGAGGAGGAGUCGCCGGCAGAGGAGGAGAGCAACUCGGAUGAAGAUGAGGUCAUCCCCGACAUCGAUGUGGAGGUGGAUGUGGAUGAGCUGAACCAGGAGCAGGUGGCAGAUCUGAACAAACAGGCCACGACCUAUGGAAUGGCUGAUGGUGACUUUGUCAGGAUGCUUCGGAAAGACAAGGAGGAGGCAGAGGCCAUAAAACACGCCAAAGCCCUGGAGGAGGAGAAAGCCAUGUACUCGGGCCGUCGCUCCCGGCGCCAGCGGAGAGAGUUCCGGGAGAAGCGGCUGAGAGGCCGCAAGAUCAGCCCACCCAGCUAUGCCCGCCGGGACAGUCCCACCUAUGACCCUUAUAAGAGGUCUCCUUCGGAAUCCACCUCUGAGUCCCGCUCUCGCUCACGCUCACCAAGCCCGGGUCGUGAGGAGAAGAUCACCUUCAUCACCAGUUUUGGGGGCAGCGAUGAGGAGGCUGCUGCGGCCGCUGCGGCUGCGGCAUCAGGGGCCGCCACAGGGAAGCCCCCCGCACCCCCCCAGCCUGGCGGCCCCGCACUGGGACGCAAUGCCAGCGCCCGCCGCCGCACCUCCUCUUCCUCUUCCUCCUCCUCCUCCGCCUCGAGGACCUCCAGCUCCCGCUCCAGCUCUCGCUCCCGCCGUGGCGGGGGCUACUACCGCUCCAGCCGCCAUGCCCGUUCCCGUUCCUGGUCACGUUCCCGCUCCCGAUCCCGCUCGCGGCGCUACUCACGCUCCCGAAGCCGUGGCCGUCGACAUUCUGGCGGGGGGUCCCGGGAUGGACAUCGCUACUCCCGUUCUCCAGCCCGCCGGGGAGGUUAUGGGCCCCGCCGCAGAAGCAGGAGCCGCUCCCGCUCUGGGGACCGCUAUCGACGGGGUGGCCGGGGCCCCAGGCACCACAGCAGCAGCCGCAGUCGUAGCAGCUGGUCCCUCAGCCCGUCCAGAAGCCGCAGCCCGAGCCAUAGCCACAGCCGCAGCCCCAGCCAGAGCCGGAGCCGCAGCCGCAGCCACAGCCUCAGUCACAGCCGCAGUCACAGCCACAGCCACAGCCAUAGCCAGAGUCACUCACCAUCGCCCCCAAGGGAGAAGCUGGCCCGGCCAGCAGCGUCCCCUGCUGUGGGCGAGAAGCUGAAAAAGACUGAACCUGCCGCUGGUAAAGAGACAGGAGCUGCCAAACCCAAGCUGACACCGCAAGAGAGGCUGAAGCUGAGGAUGCAGAAGGCACUGAACAGGCAGUUCAAGGCGGAUAAGAAGGCAGCUCAAGAAAAGAUGAUACAGCAGGAGCAUGAGCGGCAGGAGCGGGAAGAUGAGCUGCGCGCCAUGGCCCGCAAGAUUCGCAUGAAGUUGCCUCCCCUUUCCCCCUGCAGGGAGCGGGAACGCAGGGAGAAGGAGCGAGAGGAGUGGGAACGCCAGUACAGCCGCCAGAGCCGCUCACCCUCACCACGUUACAGUCGAGAGUACAGCUCCUCCCGAAGGCGUUCGAGGUCCCGGUCCAGAAGCCCCCAUUACCGACAUUAGGAGUGGGGCUAGGACAGGGUCCAAGGUUCAAGCUUCAAUACUGGUUUCUCUACUGAAAUAAAGCAGAUGUUAUUUAAUGUUC